AUGGCGGGGGCGGCGGCGGCGGCGCGGCUGCGGGCCGAGAUCCGCCGGCGGGAGCGCGAGCUGCGCGGGCUGCGCGAGCGGCUGGCGGCCGAGCUGGCCCGGGGCGGCACGGCCGAGCAGGAGGAGGACGGACAGCGGGGCGAGGCAGCCCGCGGGGAGGGAGCGCUCGACUUCCCCGCGGAGCUGCCGCCGCUGCCCGCGCGGUCGGCGCUGAGCGCGGCGGAGAUCCUGCGCUACAGCCGGCAGCUGGUGCUGCCCGAGCUGGGCGUGCGCGGGCAGCUGCGCCUGGCGCGGAGCUCCGUGCUGGUGGUGGGCUGCGGCGGGCUGGGCUGCCCGCUGGCGCAGUACCUGGCGGCGGCCGGCGUGGGCCGCCUGGGGCUGGUGGAUCACGACGUGGUGGAGACGAGCAACCUGCAGCGGCAGGUGCUGCACGGCGAGGCGCGGCGCGGCCGGCCCAAGGCGCGCUCGGCGGCCGCGGCGCUGCGGCGGCUGAACUCGGCCGUGCAGUACGUGCCCUACCGCGGGGCGCUGCGGCCGCGCUCCGCGCUGCGCCUCGUGCGCCAGUACGACGUGGUGGCCGACUGCUCCGACAACGCGGCCACCCGCUACCUGGUGAGCGAUGCCUGCGUGCUGGCCGGCAAGCCGCUGGUGUCCGGCAGCGCGCUGCGCCUCGAGGGGCAGCUGGCCGUGUACAACUACCGCGGCGGGCCCUGCUACCGCUGCCUCUUCCCCCGGCCGCCGCCGCCCGACGCCGUCACCAACUGCGCGGACGGCGGCGUGCUCGGGCCGGUCACCGGCGUCAUCGGCUGCAUGCAGGCGCUGGAGGUGCUGAAGAUCGCCUCGGGCAUGGGCUCCUCGUUCGGCCGCUGCAUGCUGAUGUUCGAUGGGCUGGAGGGCAGGUUCCGCCACAUCCAGCUGCGGCCGCGGAAAGCGGACUGCGCGGCGUGCGGGGACAGCCCCAGCAUCACCUGCCUGCAGGAUUACGAGGCGUUCUGCGGCUCCUCCGCCACGGACAAGUGCCGGGCGCUGCAGCUGCUGCCCGCCGGGGACAGGAUCUCCGUGCAGCGCUACCGGGAGCUGCUGGAGGCGCGGGUGCCGCACCUGCUGCUGGACGUGCGGCCGCCGGUGGAGGCGGAGAUCUGCCGCCUGCCGCACGCCCUCCACAUCCCGCUGAGGAAGCUGGAGGAGAAAGACCAAGAAUCUCUGCAGCUUUUACGAAGCAGAAUUUGCGAAGAAAAGCAGAGAACUGAUGGCCAAACCGCUCUCCCCGUGUAUGUUGUUUGCAAGUUAGGAAAUGAUUCCCAGAAGGCUGUAAAAAUUCUGCAGGAGCUGCCUGCCGAAGAAUUUGGUUCUGUGUCAGCUAAGGAUAUUAAAGGGGGGCUCAUGGCUUGGGCCACUAAAAUCGACUCAACGUUUCCUCAGUACUAGAAUUUUAAAUGGUGAAAAAAACCACACAAUUUUAGAGUAAGUUCUGCAGGGUUCCAUCUCCUCUGUGUAAUGGCUAUAUCAUGUGGAAAAACCAAACAGAAAUAUCAUAGUGAUUUUUUAUGUAACCCUUUUUUCCUAAGAAAAAUGCUUAUUUUUGUAGCUGUCUGAUUAUUUUUAUGAAUAUGUAAAUCUGCCCAUGAAAGUGGAAAGAAAUGUGUUUCUUGGUUAUGAUUUAAUAGUAAAAACUUGGCGUAACUACUGACUUGUGCACGUGAUGAUUGAGAAUAUCCUAAUUAGCAAUUGUAACCUGGAAAACAAUGAAACACGGGAAUCACAUUAUUACUCAGUCUCUGAACCGCUUAACAAAUUGAAACAGUGCAUGAAAUGAAUAAAAAAUAAUUCCUGUUAAUCUCUA